AUGAAAACACGGCGGCAGAAUAGCGUCUCCGGGGAUCCUCUUCCCAUCAUCACCCGGCGCAAUACACGAUCGAAGACCGCAGAGAACUCAUCAUGGCCGAUCCCAAUUGAUGUCAUAAUCGAGAUAUUCUCGACCCUUCCGUUGGAGUCUAUAGCGACAUGUCGUUGCGUGUCGAAGCUCUGUGACUUGCUCUUCUUCUCGUCACCUCAGCCUCAAAAUCCGGAUGAGAACUCGUCUUCUGUAGUGGCCAAUAUCAAGUUCUCCGUUCAUGGUUCCCGUGGAGAUAUUGACUAUGUCCAUGGGCUUGUCUCUCUUCUAUGUAAUCAGAACUCAAGGGGAAAAGAGGAAACAUUGGCGGUGAUAUGUAACCCUAGCACCCGAGAAUCUGUAAUCUUACCCAAAGUGAAGAUGAUGAGAGGAGCUAGGGUGAAGUGCUUGUUAGGUUAUGAUCCGAUUGAUAAACAAUUCAAGGUAUUGUCCAUGACAAAGGGAGAUUAUAGACUCGGUGUGUCGUGGGAGAAACAUCAAGUUCUGACAUUAGGAACAGGAGGAAAACCGUCAUGGAGAAAGAUCGAGUGUCCAUACCCCAUUAUACUCUGA